GCCUAGACAUCUUGAUCUACGAGCUGAUCCUCCGCGUCGCGCAGCCCGGGGAAGGCAUCCUCAUCUUCUUGCCGGGAAUUGGGGAGAUCAGCGAUCUGCAGGAGACCCUGAUGCCCCUGGAAGACUCCGAGAAGCAGGCGCACAUGAGCUGGCAGCCCGGCAUGGAGCGGCACGACUGCCACUUCAAG